AUGUCAAUUCCUGUUAUGUUGUAUGUCGAUGAUUACAGUGAAGAUUCUGUAGACUCCACAACUUCGGAUUGGGAGGAAAGCGAUGAUGAAGAUGACAAUCCUGUUAUCAAUUUUAUUAUAGAGAAGGAAAUACUAGAGCUUUUCUUGGUCUACGAUCAACACUACUCGAAAUUCAUUCGAAUAGACGGGAAGUGUGAUCCUAAUUCAAACAACUUGAUAAAGUUAAUCAAUGAUUCUGUGGAAGUUAAUAAACAGUUUCUGAAAUGGAUAUGUAUGAGAUAUGAUAGAGGCUAUUAUCAUCCUAGGUCAAGAGAUGAUAAUCAAUCAUCGAGUGAAGACGAAUCGUCACCAUUAUCAGAGGAUGAUCAACAAGUAGUACAGGAGACAACUAUCACCUCAACAGCACCUACAGAUGUAUCAACAACAGCAGUCAUCAAAACGUCUACUGAUACCUCAGAUAGCCCAAACUCAAAUAUCUGGACAACAAAAGACAUCAUUUAUAAAUUGUAUAAUCUUUUAUUAUUACUUAUUAGAGAUUGGUCAGCUGACGGAAUUUCUCAAAGAGAAUGCUAUAUACCAUUUUUAAAGAGUCUUAAGAGAUUGUACCCAGAUGAAAAGUCUAGAAAUAAGAUAAAGAUUGUAUGUCCAGGUGGUGGUAUGGGUCGUUUAGCUUAUGAAAUAGCGAAAUUAGGCUUUGAAACUGUACAGAAUGAAAUGUCAAUGUUCUUAAUAGUUGCUCUUAAAUCUAUUUUUAUAAAGUAA